UAGACGUUCAGUUAGUAGCAGUCGAAAAUCAUGUUCAAGGUAUCGUGCAUUUUGGUGUUUGUGGCAGUUACUGCCACCUCCGGGUACCAUCAUCAACCGGAGCACGAAUUUCACGUGGAAACUAAGCACGCUGCUCCACACUAUCAUCAUGAGGAAUAUCAUCACGAUGCUAGUGGACACGAAGAUCACCAUCAUGAAGAUCACCACCAUUCGUAUCCCAAGUAUAAAUUCGAGUACGGUGUCAAAGAUGCCCAUACUGGGGACCACAAAUCCCACUGGGAGCACCGUGAUGGAGAUGUCGUGAAGGGACAGUACUCGUUGCACGAAGCCGAUGGUACAGAACGUGUGGUGGAAUACACCGCUGAUCCUCAUCAUGGAUUCAAUGCCGUUGUAAAGAAGAUUGGACAUGCCCACCAUCACCACCAACCGCAGCAUCAGGAACAUCAUGCUGAACCACAUUACACUGCAGUGGCAUAUGACAAUCAUCAACAGCAUCAGGGUCACCACCAUGAACAACAACAUCAUCACUAUCCAGCGGAGCAUCACGAUCACGGGGAAAGCUACAGCCAUCUAUCCAAAUACGAGUAGGAGUGUUGAUUGAUCUUGAUCUGUGAUAAACUUAAAUGUGUUCCUU